CUACGUUUAUAUGUAGGAUUUUUGGAUUUUCCUUACUUCGAAGCGUCUCUUUCUGCUUUAAAAUCUCUAUCUUCCCACAAUUUCACUGAGAUCCCUAGAAUCUGUGUCCCACCCGCUUUUCACUUCCUCUCCUAAGCGCUGCUUUAGCCCCGAGUAAUCUUUUGGCAUGUGACGGCUCUCCAUCCCAUUUUUAUUACGCUUGGCGAGUUUGAACCUGCCUCUCCUCGCUGCAAUUUCUCUUCCUGUAAGACCUUGAUGUCAGGGUUGAAUGGAACAGAGGAUUUAUCAUUCUGUGCACUAAUCUCAGUUCAAGAAAAAAUGAGUAGAUUAUGAGCUACCCAUGUUGUUCUCAGUUUUAUUUUCCAAUUUCACCGUUUGAGAUCAGAAAAAGGAAGUUACAACAGUCCAACGUACAGUUGCUGCCUGUUCUAGAUUUGUUAUCGUUCUAUCAACCAUCAAAAGAGAGAGAAUUAGAGAAACAGUGAAAUUGAAAUGGCGAAAAAGGUAAAUUUUAAAAUAUUCAACACAAUGAUUAAGACAACGGAGGAUUUCAAGCCCCUAGUCCCUGGUAAAGUCGGCAUGUAUGUGUGUGGCGUUACUUCCUACGAUUUAAGCCACAUUGGUCAUGCUCGCGCUGCAGUUGUCUUUGACGUCCUCUUCAGAUAUCUACAACACUUAGGUUAUGAAGUUACUUAUGUGAGAAAUUUUACAGAUAUUGAUGACAAGAUAAUUCAUAAAGCAAAUGAGCUUGGUGAGGAUCCAUUAUCUUUAAGCAACAGAUUUUGCGAAGAAUAUCUCAUUGACAUGGAUAGUCUGCAGUGCCUCCUUCCAACGCAUCAACCACGUGUGACUGACCACAUGGAACAGAUCAAGGACAUGAUUACACAGAUCAUCAACAAUGGCUUUGCAUAUGUUGUUGAAGGAGAUGUGUUCUUUGCUGUCGACAAAUUCCCAAAUUAUGGUCAAUUGUCUGGGCAGAAACUGGAAAAUACUAGAGCUGGUGAACGUGUUGCUGUUGACACAAGAAAACGUAAUCCUGCCGACUUUGCAUUAUGGAAGGCUGCAAAGCCAGGUGAGCCAAGUUGGGAGAGCCCAUGGGGUCCUGGAAGACCGGGAUGGCACAUAGAGUGCAGUGCAAUGAGUGCUCACUAUCUAACAUUCAAGUUUGACAUCCAUGGUGGUGGAAGUGAUUUAGCUUUUCCUCAUCAUGAAAAUGAGAUUACACAGAGUGCUGCUGCAUGCCAAGAAAGCCAUGUGAGUUAUUGGAUGCAUAAUGGGCAUGUUACUAAUAACAAUGAGAAAAUGUCAAAGUCCUUGGGUAACUUUUUCACAAUCCGUCAGGUUACUGAACGGUACCAUCCACUGGCUUUGAGGUACUUUUUGAUGAGUGCACACUACCGCUCUCCCCUCAAUUACACCGUUUUGCAGCUGGAAGGUUCAUCAGAUGCCAUAUUUUACAUUUAUCAGACAUUGCAAGAUUGUGAGGAUGCUUUGUCAUCAUUUCAAGAUGGAAGCCUGAAGGAGGGUGUGGAACUGAAUGACAAGAAGGUUGGAAUCACUGCUGAUGCCCAAAAAUGCAUCAAUAAACUACGUGAAGAGUUUGAGACUAAAAUGUCAGAUGAUUUAAGCACCUCACAUAUCUUGAUUGGUGCUUUCCAAGAAGCCUUGAAGUUCAUAAACAGUUCUUUAAGCAUGCUCAAGAAGAAACAACAAAAGCAACAACUAUCAUUGAUUCAAUCCCUUACUGAAAUAGAGAAAGAAGCCAAGUUAGUUCUGAAAAUUUUGGGGCUACUUCCCCCUUGCACUUAUGCUGAGGUUUUGCAGCAGCUAAAAGAGAAGGCGUUGAAGAGGGCUGGACUAACAGAGCAGGAUGUGCUGGGGCUUAUUGAGGAAAGAGCAAUAGCGAGGAAAAACAAGGAUUUUUCAAGAAGUGAUCGGAUCAGGGUUGAUUUGACCGCAAAAGGCAUUGCGCUUAUGGAUGUGGGGAGGGAAACAGUUUGGAGACCAUGUGUCCCUUUUGAACCAGAACAAGAUGCACCAUCUGUUGUAGUAGAACAAAACCCACCAUCAGCUGUAUCAAGUUGAUGAACAGCCUUGUUCUGGCCCCAACCCGGUUGUAGAAGAGCAAAACCCCAGUUGCAAAAUGGAUAACCAUUACUGUUUUUACACUAGUAGAGCGAAAAGUCAAGAAAAUUACCACGCAUUUUGUUUAUACUCUGUAUGUGUUGACAUUUGGGAGCUUUCACUUAUUAUGGCCUUGUGACAUGGCGAUAUAGAAUUCAACCAAUUUUUUUUUUUUU